AUAAGGAUAACUGUCAAAGUGCUGUAUCCAGAUCAUAAAGAGGAGAACUAUAAUGGAAGCAAAUGUAAAACAUUAUCCUAGGUGUUAAUUGCCUUUUUGUGUGCAAUGUCUGGCUCAAGACAGGAUGAAUCCAAAAUCCACUCAGCCAUAAAAUUACAUACAGCAUAAACUAAAAUGUAAGGCUUAAAAGUUAAUCUGAUAAAUGCUUUGUACCAGGUACAACUGCAACAGAUGUCAUUUAAUAUGGAAGAAAAUACAAAUUCACUCAACUACAUAUAUGCAAAUGGUACUAUGCUUGAUUCCAACGAUUCAAUUAUCUGCAACCAAAGUGAACCAAACAGCUUAUCCAAAGACAAUGACCAGUAUUACCUGAUCAGUCUGUUUCUUUCAUGCUUGUAUACAAUUCUUCUGUUCCCCAUUGGCUUUAUAGGCAACAUUUUGAUUUUGGUUGUAAAUUUGAACCACAGAGACAAAAUGACAAUUCCUGACCUUUAUUUUGUGAAUCUGGCUGCAGCAGACCUCAUUUUGGUGGCCGAUUCUCUGAUUGAAGUCUUUAACCUUAAUGAGAAGUACUAUGACAUUGCUAUUCUUUGCACUUUCAUGUCUUUGUUUCUUCAAAUCAAUAUGUACAGCAGUAUCUUCUUUCUUACCUGGAUGAGUUUUGACAGGUAUGUUGCUCUUGCAAAUAGCAUCAAUAUUAGCCCACUUAGGACCAUGCAACAAGCCAGACUCAGCUGUGGUCUGAUAUGGAUGGCUUCCAUAAUUGCAACACUGCUGCCUUUUACUAUUGUGCAGGCCCAGCAUACAGGAGAAGUUCACUUUUGCUUUGCUAAUGUCACAGAAAUUCAGUGGCUUGAAGUGACAUUGGGAUUUCUUGCACCAUUUUCAAUUAUUGGACUGUGCUAUUCCUUAAUUGUAAGAAUACUAAUGAAAGCACAAAAACACAAGGGCCUUUGGCCAAGGAGACAAAAAGCACUUCGUAUGAUUGUGGUGGUAGUCCUGGUGUUCUUCAUCUGCUGGCUUCCAGAAAAUGUCUUUAUCAGCAUUCAGAUUUUACAAAGAACGAAAGAGUCUGCACAUCCAAGCAAGGACACACUAAUGCAUAACUACCCGCUUGCUGGCCACAUUGUAAAUUUGGCAGCUUUUUCAAACAGUUGCCUUAAUCCAAUCAUUUACAGCUUUUUAGGAGAAACCUUCAGAGACAAACUACGACUGUUCAUUAAAGGAAAAGCAAGUUCAUCAACAGUCUAUCGAUUCUGUUAUCACACGUUGGAUUUACAGAUACCUGUUAAGAUCACUGUUUCUGAAGUUUAAAAAUUUGGACAUUGCCAGAAGAAGUUUAGAUAUAUUAGAUUGCAUCUAGAUGACUAAUUGCAAGAAAAUAAUUAAACAUUUCUAGAUAACUGAAAACCAGAAGCGGUUCAACAAAAUACAGAAGUCUUACAACUUGUUCAUAGAAUAAAGGCAUUCCAGUUUGUUACAAGAAUUAACCUAUUAAAGGUUCUGAUAAGGAAAAUGCUUGACAUCAUUUGUCACAAGAAAAAGCCAACAGAGAGCAAUUAAUUUCAUCAUUUUGCUUUUGGAUUACUGUGAAUGAAUUAAUCAAUUGUUGUUAAUAAUUCAUCACGAGAAAGUAUUCUUUUAUGUAAAGAUAUAUAUUCAUAUUUUUGAUUGACUUGCUGCAACCAUAACAUUUCAUCCAUAAGUGUCAUGGAGACCUUUUUACACCCAAACUGAUGCUAAUCAAAAUAAUUGUCAUUCAUUUAAUUUAAAUACAAUGCAGCCUGGUUGA